AUGAAGAGGUGGGUAAACAGAGUUGCUCCUGAUGGCAACCAUACCUGUAUCAGCUUCCAAAGCAGCUUCCAAAGGCCGGGAGGACUUGAUGAAACCUGGGAUCACUGCCACCAAGACCGCCAGCAGGGGUUGGAGUCCGCAAUCAGACCUCGGCGCGUCCAUUUCAUUGGCCCUGACUUCAAAACUGCCGAAAAGAUUGUCGACGCAGGCAGGCCUCACCUCAUCACGAGCAACACCCGUCGUCGGCUGAUCUUCGACCUCGAGACAAGACAACCCGUUACCGUAACCACACAAUGCUCAAACUCCGAAGAGAAGCAACAGAUGAGUUGGGUGCAUCGAUUCAGCAGAGAGAGCACAAACAUAUACACACAGCCAGGGUUCUGCUAUGGGGCUGGACAUCGUCGACACAUGAGAGUUCGGGAUGAACAGCUUGGGGGCUUUUUAACAGCUUUGAGCGAGUUUGGCAAAUGGCCUCUCGGUAUUUCCAACGUCGUGCGUCUUUUUGAUUCCAGAGGAGAAGAAUCGCAAGUCGCCACCGAUAUUGGGCAGCGACUCACUCGGCAAGGGAUCCUUAAACAUGAUGCCAAGUCGACCACAACGUGGUCACUGGCUCUUCCUAAGGAAACUCGCCAGGCUUUCUAUAGAGUUAUUCCCCUUGUUGGGUACGAUCAUUGUCUCGCGCUCUUUCUGAGUAUCAAGUCCAAGAACCCUAUGGUUAAUACAGCCAAAGCGCAAAUGGCAGCGACAAUCUCGGGGAGUAGCACGAACUGCUUUGACUUUGUUGGCAAAACAGCCCCUGAAAUCCAUGAAACCAGUGACGCAGCCCGAAUUGGUCUCUUCAAGCAUGUUGCGCAUACUAGUACUGUCAUGAAAGGUCUUGGACUCAUAAAGACUGCGAUAACCGCAUCACGCUUUUCUAUGAUCUUACCAGAGAUUUACCUCGUCGAUAAGCAAAUUCGUGUCAGCAUGAACGAAGUAAAGCACGCAAUGGAACUAUGCAGAAUGUUACUCGAAGUCCCCAACACGUGCGGUUACAACGUUGAGGAAGCUUUGCCUUUUACCCAGGAAGAAGCGGAGGCUAUUGAAUUCGAUCAAUUCAUGGAAGUCUGGUCACAUCUCCUGAGAGCUUAUUCCAAAUCGCUCUUGUCACAGUCAACAGACACGGCGAUAUAUUCAUAA